CAAAAUCUUCCACUAGGUGUCGUCAUCGAUUUCCUGUUUACAAGCUGUCAAAAUCGGAGUAGAAAAAUCACUUACAACUUAUUUUACUUGGUAUAUAUGCUGUGAAUGAAGACCACAAAGUAUGCCUCGUCAUGGUAGCACUGGUGAUGCGAGUGGCAAAAAUCCUGUAAAUGGCACCGGUGAGGACAACCAUUCCCUAGAGUCAUCUGUCGGUAUACCACAGUCGAUAUCCUCUCCUGUAUUUUCUCCUACCAGAACAAGAGCUAGUUCAGAGUCCAAGUUGUCUCAGGGGUCCCAGGAUAAAACUGGUAACAGCUCGUCUAAAUUGUUAAAGAAAGAAUCUUUGAAGGUACAAAAGAAAUACUAUAGGAACCAAAAGAAACAAGCGACCAAAGAAUUGCUGAGUACAUUAAAAGAUGCUUCUGUCAUUGUGUUGGCUGAUUGGCUUAAAGUGAGGGGGACAUUAAAAGGUUGGACCAAAUUAUGGUGUGUGAUUAAACCAGGUCUGCUUGUCUUGUACAAAAGUGAAAAACAAAAGAGUAGUCACUGGGUUGGUACUGUACUGCUGAAUACAUGUAGACUGAUAGAGAGGCCGUCAAAGAAAGAUGGAUUCUGUUUUAAAUUAUUUCAUCCUCUGGAUCAAUCUAUUUGGGCUACUAAGGGACCAAAAGGGGAGACAAUUGGUGCAAUAGUUCAACCACUGCCAUAUUCCUACUUGAUAUGUAGGGCUUUGUCUGAAGCAGCAGGUAAAUGCUGGAUGGAUGCACUGGAACUAUCAUUGAAAUGUACAAAUCUGUUAAUGAGGUCAAUGAAAAAAGACAUUGACCUUGAUACAUCACAAGACAGUCAGCCUGAUGCUGAUUUAAACUUUGACAGUAACCAACAGCUAAGCGAGAAUCUAAAUGAAAGUGAUUGUGAAAAACAUUUUGAGGACCAAGGACUUGAUGAGGACAUGAAGACAGAUAGAGAAGACUUGAAGACAGAUUCAGAGACAGAGUCGGAGGAAGAAGGGGAGAAGACAAUCAACAAUCAACAACAACCAUUGGAGACACCCUAUGUAGAAAAUGUCACAGAAGAACUGGGACAGCAAGGAGAUGCCUGCCAAACUGAAGAAGUAGAUGAAGAAAACAAAAGCUUGAUUUGGACACUUGUUAAACAGGUACGACCCGGGAUGGACCUAUCAAAAGUAGUUUUGCCUACAUUUAUCCUUGAACCAAGGUCAUUUCUGGACAAAUUAACAGACUAUCACUACCAUGCAGAUAUAUUGUCAGAUGCUGUGACAACGGAAGACCCAUUCACAAGAAUAAAAAUGGUAACAAAGUGGUAUCUGUCUGGGUUCUACAAAAAACCUAAGGGUCUGAAGAAACCAUAUAACCCCAUAAUUGGAGAGACUUUCCGAUGUUACUGGCAUCACCCCAAAACAAACAGUAGAACUUUCUAUAUAGCAGAACAGAUUUCCCAUCAUCCACCAGUCUCAGCAUUUCAUAUAACAAACAGACAAGAUGGCUUUAGUGUUAGUGGUAGUAUUCUCGCCAAGUCAAAAUUUUAUGGUAAUUCAUUAUCUGCUGUUCUUGAUGGUACUGCUAAACUGACAUUUUUAAAGAGAGGAGAAGAUUACUUCAUCACAAUGCCAUACGCUCAUUGCAAAGGUAUUUUGAUUGGUACAUUGACAAUGGAAAUGGGAGGAAAAGUAACAAUAGGUUGUCCUAAAACAGGAUAUAAAUGUGAAAUGGAGUUUAAAUUAAAGCCAUUUCUUGGGAGCGGUGAAGCAUCAAAUAGAAUUGUGGGUAAAUUCAAAUGUGGGUCAGAUACAAUAGCAACACUCGAGGGACACUGGGACCAGGAAAUUCAUUAUAAAGAUAAAAGUUCAGGGGAUGUAUCAUUAUUCUGGCAACCAACACAAGAAGUGAAAUCUCAAAGAUUAAAAAGAUUUACAGUCCCGUUAGAGCUGCAGGGGGAAAUGGAAUCAGAAAGACUUUGGAGGAAUGUAAGCGAGGCUGUGAUCACAUGUGAUAUGAAAUCCGCAACAGAUGAAAAGUUUAUACUUGAAGAGCGACAAAGAACCGAAGCUAAGGAACGCAAGGCAAAACUGUUGGACUGGGUACCUUCAUUGUUUGAAAGAGACGUUCUGACUAGUGAUUGGGUCUACAAAUUCAUAGAUAUGAGACCAUGGGAUGUGAGUAAUGACUUGUGGCAGUAUGAAGUGGACUAUAGAAUUCAGACCUGGACCAAACAUAGGACCCCAGUCGUUAGAACGUGCAGUAUUACCAGUCUAGAGAAACAACCUGAUAGUCUCAACUCAUCCAUUCGGAACACUUCUAUUAGGAGGCUAAAGGUCGUAGGGGAAGAAAGCGAAAGUUCAGAAUGUCCAGAAGCUGAACUUCUUCAAGAUAGCGAUUCUUCUGAAAGACUUCCUGGGAAAAAUCGUAGAGUUCAACGGUCAUGUUCUAGUAACAGAAACAGACUGACAGAAGAGACCAUAGUUAGACAGCUACAACCUCUAGUGGAAAUUCAGAAAGAAUUAAGUGAUAAUAUAAAAAGAUUAAACUCCAAGAUCUCAAACUUGUCCCUAAAUCAGCCGGAAAACAACAGCAUGUUUAAUGUUGGUUCCCAUUGGAUAAUCCUGGCUGUGGUUUUAACAUUUCAAGUAUUUUUGCAAUGGUUAUUCAGGUGAAUUAUUUGUUUACACUACAAAUAUCAUUAUCUAUUAAUGCACCGUGCACCAAUCUAUCGGCUCUGUAUGUUUGAUAAUCAUUGUAAAAACAUGUUUGGUAAGUUUUUCUUGUAUUUGGGACCAAAGGUUAAAAACCAUUCUGUAUUUUGUACUAGCUUAUUUUUUUGUCUUUUCUGAUCUUUUCAUUAAUCAGAAACAUGCCUUAAGAAACCCUUUGAUAAUCAGAUGUGUCAACCAGACAGCUAUUAUUGUGACAACAUUGAAAUUUUGGUCGACAAAAUGUAGUAUAAUUUUACUUCUUCUGCAUAUUGUCUAAAUGAAUAUACAAUUUCUCUCUAGUGAAUAUAUCAUUUUACAGCUAUUUUAAGUUCAAAGAUUACUGUAUCAGUAUAUAAAUUUUUGACAUUUAGGUGCUGUACAUAACCUUAAUCAAGGGCAUACAAUAUUUGCCAAAUAAACUACAUUUUAAUGCUUAAGUGCUUCUAUGCAUUAACUGAUUAUGCUAUUACAUGUACUGGGACCAAUGCUAUAUAGAAAACAGUGGGAUAUGGGUGCUUAAACUUAGUGGUUCAUACUGCAACUAGUCAAUUUUUAACUGUCAUAUGUUAUAUAUUCUGAACAUAAGCUUGAAUUUACAAUUAAAUGCAAGUCUUUUAUUUUCUCAUGUAGAGUUAAUUGUCAUAAUUUAGACUUAUUUUCUUUCAACUGAUCAAAUCUAUUCUAAGAACUUUAAUGAAUAAAAGUGAUAAGGCAGAACUAAAAUAACAAUUUAAAGGUCACCAGCAUUGAGGUCGUGCUGAAGAAAUUCAGUGCCAUUUUAAAUUAUUUAUUACAUGACUGUAUAUCAUUGUAAGACUUCCUAAAUAUGAAUGAAGUAUUUUCCACUGGUGAAAUAUUUGCCAAUGGUCAUUAAACAAACAGCAACCAACAAAUCAUUGUUUCACUAUUAUCAAAUCUAUGACGAUUAACCUAGAACAUUUUGAUAUACAGAUAUAUGUAUAAUUAGCUCCCUUUACACCAAAUACAGUAGACCUGGUCAGUUGAAAGAAUGUUUUCUUGAAGAAUCAUUAUAUUGUAGCAACAUGAAUCCUACAUGUACAAGUCAUUGGUGGCAAGAGUUCUUGGAAUGUGUUCGGUCAAAAAUUUCAAAAUAUAAUCAUGAAUCAAAUACCUUAAUCCUGAGCUUUGCUACUCUUUAAGGGUGCUUUUAUUAAUGCAUUUAGUUAAGCCUUAAAGCAUGUAUACCUCAUCUCCUUAUUUUGUAGUUAUAAAAAAAUAUAUUCAAUUUAUAAAAUUUAAGGAUGAAAGUUUUAAAUCAUAUGCUCAAAGUAAUGUCAAUGUUUGAAAAUAUGAUUGGAAAUUAAAUCUUAGUUGAAAAUCAGAAAAUCAGAAUAUAAGAUUAAUAUUAUAAACAUGUGCAAUAUUACUUGACCUACCAGAUAUUUUCAUAUUUGUUUUCCUUUAUGGCAUAUAGACGCUUUUAUGCCACACUAUUGCCUCGCUGCAUAAUACUGACUUGUAAUGUCAUAGCUUGCCUACUAAAAUUCUGUAUUAUAUUUUGAAUACCUCAGAACAGGCUUUCAAAGUUGUGAAAAGGGCAUUUAUGCACAUAUAAAUUCAUCAUAGAUUACCGGCUCAGAAUUUUGUACGCCAGACAUGUAUUUCAACUAUAGUGUAGUAAAGUGUAUAUUUAAAAAAAACAUACUUGAAAUGUAUAAGGUCCCUAUUGUAUAAAAUCCCCGGUGGAUAUUAGAAAGGCUAGCAGUAUGUGAAAUUGAUUCUGUGUGCUUUAAAUAAAGCAUUCAGUCUCUUCUGGUACCCUUGUAAUCCUCUAAGGUUGACUGUGUUAUAUCAAUAACCAGUGUUAUGAUAUUAUAUCAAAUAAUAUUCAGGAGUUAUUUACUUUUGUUUUUUGGCUUCAAGAUAGUUAUUGCAUUUCAAUAUUAAAACUAUGUAUAUGUAAUCAUUUAUCAUGUGUGCUUCAAAAUCUUUAUAUGUGAAUGUAAAAAUUCAUUCUUUUAUUUGUUGUUUCAGAAUUGAAAAGGCCUACUCGACAUUUGUUCAUUCUAUAUUAUGUUUUCUCAUUGGACUUAGUUAAUUUAGUAAACUUAAACCUUAAAAUGAAAUUUGUCUGCUCGUACUAGGUGAAGAUUCAGAAGUGGGAUGCUAUCAAAUUAAUUCCAUAUUUAGUAUAUCAAACAUACCUUAGUGUCUUUCAUGAAUUGGGGAGGAAAUUUCUAAAACAGAAAAAGGGCUGUAAAUUUUUGGUAAGAUUUCUUGCUAUGACACGUGUACCCCUUUCCUAUUAACCAAAAAACAUAAUAAAUGUCUUUAGUGAUGUUUAUUUUAUCUUACUCCACUGUUAAUGAAUGUGUAUAAGUAUGAACAAUAUUUAGGUUAGAGUAAUAUAUAUUCUUUCUUUUUAUUUGAAUAUAGUUAAGAUAAUUUGUAUGUUUAAAUUAGUGUUGUCAACGGUUAACCGGUUAACCGGUCGAACGACCGAAUACCGAAUACCAAAAACGCUAACCGGUUAACCGGACUUUUUUUCAAUUUUAAUAGUUUUGAUAUAAAUUUGCAUGGAAAUCAUUGAAUAGUUAUGUUUUAUUUAAAAAAUGUCGUCGUAGUUAUUGAUUUGACAGAUCAAUUGUCCAGUAUAUUGAUUGCUAUUGUUGAUCCUAAAUACAUAAAAUUAAUUAGAGCUCGGGGCAGGACCUUAAAGAAACAUGAUUGGUAAACAUGUUUUUUUAACAAUAACUUUAAAUCAGAGAUGCGAUUAAAUUUUACUAAUUAGUUCAUUAUUUCGUUUUUGAUCUAAUUUUGUGUAAACAUGUAAAUGUGUAAACUCAGUAGUGCAAGGUUUAGUCUUUCUUUAAACGAAAUGCUGCCUUAGAAAGUGUGAAAUGCAAACUAAUGUGAAUGUACUCAAGGUAUACGUGAUAGUACGAGUAACAUGCUUAAAUAACAAGCAAACAAAGUAAAGAAACAGGUCGUAUGUUGAGCUAUAGUUAUUAAUUUCUGUGUCAUUUUAGUCUCUUGUGGACAAUUGUUUCAUUGGGAAUCAUACCAUAUCUUCUUUUUUUUAUAAUUAAUUAUUUCAAAUUGAAACGCUCCACAUUAUUUUCGAAGACAAUGAUCGGUUUCAGACAAAUUCAAUUCUACGAGAUCAAGACGUUUUUUUUUUUUAUAUAUUUUUCAAUUUGAAGUUGGUACAAAUGCUAUAGUUGAUACGGUGUAUUUGUUUAUCAAAAACCAAACUUCUCCUGGAAUCCUCACAGACAAGCCUUAUAAUGCCAAAGGACAAACUUCAAUUCUUUAAUCGUAGUAUUAUGACUUGGAUGAAAGGUUGUCAAAUUGACACUUAUACCACAUCUUAUAACUAUGUGUACAUGUAUGGUACUAUUGAAAAGGCUUUCAAACGACAACUUAAAACUACCGGUUAACCGGUUAAUCGGUCGAACGAUUAUCCGAGUAACCGGUUGGGCAAAAGUGUACGAUUUGACAACACUAGUUUAAAUAGAACUGAUACCAUUUGUAAGAAUGAAUUUUUGUCCUAUAUAUCUAUUUAUUUAUUUAAAAUAUCAAUUGUUUUGCUUUUAUAUCUUUAGUUUAUUUCUAUAUCUGUGUAUAUUAUUAAGUAGAUCUGCUUGUGUUCACAUACUUUACAAUAAUGUGCAAUAGUAAAAUAUAAACUAAAAUAUAUGCUGAAAAUUGCUCUCAAAAAUAAUUUUGUGAAAGGUUGAAUGAAGAAAUUUUACUUUACAUUUGUAUUGAUAUUUAAUUAAUAUGUCAGAUCUCUGUUUAAGCAAAAAAGAAUGUCAGCUUUUGAAAAGUGCUAUAGGGACUUCUGUAUGAUCAUAUAUCACUUAAUUCAUCAAAAAGGUCAUGCAAUAAAUACAUUAACCUGUGUUCAGCUUAAGCAGGUGUUGAUUUAUGCAGGGUUCCAUUUAGACAGGUUUCAGUUUUUUUAGCUUGUAACGUUUUGUCGAGGAGCUAAACAUUAGGAACCUACAUUUCAUUGACAGCGUUAACAACUUCAACAUUUAAGUUCAGUCUGUGGUAAUGUUUAUCUUAAACUUUGAUAACUUUAUCAAACCUCAUUUGAAUUGUAUAAAUCUUGGGUAGAAGCUAUUUAAUGAUCAAGAGACAGUGCCAGUUCCCAAAACAAAAUAUUUCCAUAUUUUCCUGAUAAUGAGGGAGAAUUCAAUGAAUUUAUCCUGAUUUUGUUGAAUAUUCUUCUAAAAGGUCUCCAAGAACAACAAAGAAAUCUGCUCUUGCUGUAUGUCCAUAACAACUGAUAUGUUUUAUUAACUUUUAUACAAAAGCUCAACAAGAUUUUAUUAGGCUUAUUGUUCUUAUGAGUUCCACAGAAAAUAAAUCACACUGCAGGUACUACUAAACAUGUUGCAAAACCUCAUUCAAGUUACAGUUAUUUCUGCUCUAGAAGUUAUAGUGCUAUUUUAUUUUCUUUGUUAUUAUUAGUUAAUAUUUUUUUGCAUACCAUUAUUAUUGCAAUGGGAUCAAAACUUAAUUGUUGUAUUAUUCAUUGGUGGUUCUACAGAGGUCAUAAGGGUGAAAGUUGGAGUGAAAAUGCAAAUUUUUUUAAUUUGUUUUUUAGAAAACAAUAAUCCUAUUGGUGUGAGCCAGUUUUUUCCGCUCAUCUUAAUCCUACACUAUUAUUUAACAUCAUAUCUAAGUCAUAUGACAAGUGUAUACUAAGAGUGAUGAAAGUUGUCAAACAAUAAUGAAAUUUACUAUUAGAUAUAUUAACCAUAUUAACUUGUAAAUGCCAAGACUUACUUUCUGAAAUGUAUGGUUAAAAAAUAUGUUGAAUAUGAUAUAUUAAAUACCAUUAAAUUCUAAAUUUACCAUUAAAUUCUAAAUUAGAAUCUAAUGCAUAUGUUUGUGAGUGUAGAUAUAUUAAUAUAAAGUUACACAUUGUAAAAAUGAUAUAAUAUAUUCUAUAUGUAGUACUAUAGUACUAUAUAUUAUGUGUUGUAAUUGUUGGUAUUGAAAGUAUUUGGGUGGAAUAUAAAACCACCAUAGCUGAUGUUAUUGAAUUUUGUAUAAAUUAUGAAAAUAUACUUAUUUGAAAAUUGUUGAUGUUUUUAUAAAUAACAUGAUAACCUGUUAAAAACCUGGGCAAAUAUGAACAAUUCUUUUUCUUUUCUUUUUUUCCCCAGUCAUUGUUUUAGUACUUUGGUUUUAGAUUUAAAAUCUCUCUUUAUUUCAAUCUUUUUGAUAUUUUUAAAAAAAAGCUGUUGAUUUUAAUGUAUCUUCUUGAAAUAAAAUAUUUAAAUGUAAAUUCUGAUCUGUACAAAGAUAAAUGAAUAAUUAAAUAUAUGAAUUUAUAUUUG